AUGAACGAAGCCCUCACAAAACCAGUUACGGAGAAUGAAGUUAAAAUAGCUCUAUUCGCAAUGCAUCCAGAGAAAGCGCCGGGCCCCGACGGCAUGACAGCAUUGUUCUACCAGAAAUUUUGGGACAUUCUCAAACAAGACAUUACCAAAAUGGUUAAUGACUUCCUUGUGGAGGGUACCAUUGUAGCCGGGAUGAAUGAGACGAACAUCUGCCUUAUACCUAAGAAGGACAAACCCCAAGAAAUGUCUCAAUUCAGACCAAUAAGCCUAUGUAAUGUAAGCUACAAGAUAAUCUCAAAGCUUCUAUGCCAGAGAUUAAAAAGGAUCUUCCCUAAUUUCAUAUCAGAAACCCAAUCGGCCUUUGUCGCGGGGAGACAGAUCACAGAUAACAUCUUGAUCGCUCAAGAGUUGUUCCAUGCAUUGAGAACGAACCCUGGGGGUAGAACUAAGAGAAUGGCAAUAAAGACCGAUAUGAGUAAAGCUUAUGAUAGGGUUGAAUGGGAAUUUAUUGAAGCUGUCAUGAGAAAGAUGGGGUUUGCGGAGACUUGGAUUAGAUGGAUAAUGCGCUGCAUUACAUCAGUCUCAUACCAUGUACUCAUCAACGGACAGCCCCGAGGUAACAUCAUACCACAACGAGGAUUGCGACAAGGGGAUCCUCUGUCCCUUUUUAUCUUCAUCUUAUGUACGGAAGCGCUCAUUGCCCUUUUAAACGAGGCGGAAGAAAAAGGUCGGAUAACCGGAAUGCGAGUGGCAAGAGCUAGUCCGCCGGUAUCUCACCUUCUUUUCGCUGACGAUAGCCUGUUCUUUUGUAAGGCGGAGCCCCGUGAAUGUGAUGAAGUGAUAUCAAUCUUACAAAAAUAUGGAAAAGCCUCGGGUCAGCGUAUAAACUUUGAUAAGUCUUCAUUGCUCUUUGGCAAGAGGAUACAAGGAACCAACAAAACACACAUUAAAGCCAUAACUGGAAUCCAAAAUGAAGGGGGAAUGGGGACCUACCUGGGAAUCCCAGAAGACAUUAGCGGUUCAAAAUGCAAACUCUUUGCAUAUAUUAAGGAUUGA